CGUUGUCUGUCUCUGUUUCUCUCUGUCACUCUGCGCUUAAGCUCAGUCGGGCAAGAACAGAGAGUUUGAUUCUUUCUACUUGUAGAGAAUCAUUCAUGGUUUAAAUAUGCAAUUGCUCGAAUCCCAAUGAGUUGAAUAGCAAAGAGAAAAGUGAAACGGCGCGACCAUUCAAAAGAGUUAGAAUCCAAGGCGAAUUGGUUAUUUCCUCUCCCAUUAGGGCCUCCGAUCCGUUAAGAGUCUCGAGGUUAUAUGACACGCCCAACAGUGGCUCUGUGUGUGGAAAGUUAAAGAAAGAGAGGGAAGAGGAAGGAUUUUUUUUUUUUCUUGGUGGGGUUGUGACUUGUGGGUGUGUGUCUGCGAGCGAGCAUGCGAGUUGGGUUUUGGUUAUUAUAAAGGGAAGGAGCGUCAGAGAGAGAGUGUGAGACAGAGACAGACAGACAGACAAGAGGGUGUCUGUAAAAAAAAAAAAAGGGAGAAUAAGUAGCAGACGACUAUAAACAAAUAUGCAGAGGAAGGCUAAUAGCGGCGGCGAGGAUUCGAAGAAGAAGGAGAGGCAUAUCGUCACAUGGUCUCAAGAGGAAGAUGAUAUACUUAGAGAGCAGAUAAGCAUUCAUGGAACGGACAAUUGGACGAUUAUUGCAUCGAGGUUCAAGGAUAAGACGACGAGGCAGUGCAGGAGAAGAUGGUAUACAUACUUGAAUUCCGACUUCAAGAAGGGCGGAUGGUCCCCGGAGGAAGACUUGCUUUUGUGCGAGGCUCAGAGGAUAUACGGUAACAGAUGGACAGAAAUUGCAAAAGUCGUUUCAGGCAGGACCGACAAUGCUGUCAAGAAUCGUUUUACGACGCUAUGCAAGAAGAGAGCAAAGUUAGAAGCCUUAGCUAAAGAAAACAGCUCCUCUUACAUUAACCUGAACAACAAAAGGGUGAUCACACACGAUCCCCUGUACACAACUCCCACAAAUGCAAAGAGGAUCAGGAGGGCCCACAUCCUUGAUGCACCGGAAAGUUGUAAUUUCGUCGAAAGAUUGCAGGGGCAGCCAGGAACCACGAGUGAUAGGCAACUGAGGACUCCAUUUGCUGUAUUGGUUCAAAAUAUUCGCAAUAACCUCUCAAUAAGCCACCAUCAUAUCAGCCACAAGGGGGACAUAGCCGAUUCGGCAGCUUUAAGUAACAAGGGAACAUUCAUGAAGAAAGAUGAUCCUAAAGUUGCUGCUCUGAUGCAACAAGCAGAAUUGCUCAGCUCCUUAGCUGUGCAGGUUAAUUUAGAGAGCACAGACCAGAGUUUCGAAAAUGCUUGGAAGGUGCUCCAAGAUUUCUUGAACCAAAGGAAAGAGGGCAAUAUCUUGAGUAACAAAAUCCCUGAAACAGAUUUCCAGCGAGAUUUCAAAGAGCUGUUGGAGGACUUGGUAAAGAGUAGCAACGAGGGAAGUCAAGGGUCAUGGAGACAACCUGAUUUACGAGAGGAGUCACCGACCAGUUCCGAGUAUAGCACAGGAUCAACUAUUCUGGCCCAUACAGUUAAUGACAAAAACCAGCAAACUUUAUUACCUGCUGAAGAGGGUAUUCCAGAGGGUGAGGAAGGGAUCUUCUCAACUGCAAUUACAGCUCCAGGAACAGAGAGUUUCCAACCCUGUGAUGCACAAGUAGAAAGAGACGGCAUUGUUUCUGCCUCAUCUUUUACGGAGUUUGGCUCCCCUCUUCAAGUAACUCCACUCUUCAGAUCCUUGGGAGCAGGAAUUCCCAGCCCCAAGUUCUCAGAAAGUGAACGGAACUUCCUAAUGAAGACACUCGGAAUGGACUAUUCCCCCUCCCCUGCACUUAGCACCAAUCCUUCCCAUCCCCCACCUCCUUGCAAAAGAGCCCUCCUUCAGAGUCUGUGAUCCGAAACUCCUCAUCCAAUUCCAGAAAAAUGGUUUCAUACCUUGGGUGAUCUUUCCUGCAGUACUAAAAACAUACCCUAGUUCUCAGCUUCUUUGGCUUGAUCUCGGCUUCUCUUUUAUACUAUAUCACAGCCAUUCCCAGCCCAUAAUUUUUUUCUUGAGGCGGCUUAUUGAGUCUGCAUUCACUAAAUGAACUCCAAAGAUCUAGAAUGUUAUGGGGGCAUUCUAGCAUCCUCCUAACAAUGUUCGGUUGUGCUUUCAUCAGGCACUCUCAGGCUAUAGACUCAAGUGUGCUUUUUGUCAUCACAUAUUUUUCAAAUUUUGUCCUCGUGUCAUCAUGAGUUUCGAGUAAUCUUUACUAGAGUCCAGAUUUUGGUUUGAUUUAAUUCAUCAUCUGUACAGAACAUGCUACAUAAUCCGCAGCUUUCCAGAGUGUAAUUACAUAUUGGCACCUCGCCUACAGCUACAGCUACAGCUACCCACAUUCAUCAUCAAACACACCACACACAGAGAGAGAGAGAGAGAGAGUAGAGAGAUUUUAUUUAUGGGUUUGUAUAGGGUACAGUUUUUUUUUAUUUCCUCUUUUUUUUUUUUGCCCCUUUUUCCUUUGGGUUGGUUUUGUCUCUCUGUUGCCCCACAUUGCAGAUGUAAUGCAACAUUGCCCAUGAUUGAAUAGAGGAAUUGGGAUGUGAUUUUGGUGUGCA